GCCAUCCCACCGCCCGAACGCAAGAAGCCCAAACGCGCGACUUUGCGGCCAACGAACGAACGGUGGGCAUACAAGUGAUGCGCGGGCAAGGGCGCAGCGACGUGCAGCACCAGUCUGCUGCACGACGCGUAUGACGACCGACCGAUGGACGGGCGACGGGCGAGCGCGGGCGGACGAGCGGCUCGGAGUGAGCAGCCUACCGGGCAGGAAAGCGGGCUGGCGAGUGGGCAUGCGCGCGGGCGGACGAGCGGUAAAGCGGGUACCGCGAGCAGACAAGCAGGUGAGCAGCAAUGUCGGACGUGGGUCUCGGAGUGGGUGAGCAGGAGGGCAAGUGGGUGCGAGGGCAAGGAGGCAUAGAGCGCAGACCAGCACCACAUACACGCGGACCGCGAGCGCGCUGGGCGAAUGCCCAGCACGCAGACACGGCCGACGAACGCGCAGGCAGGCAGGCGCAGGCGGGAGAGCAGGCGCACAAACGGGCGGGCGGAGAGCGGGUACCGGCAGGUGGGCGGGCGCAUAAGCUGGCGACAACGCGCACGGCGACUGCGAGCGUGCGGGGCGAAUGCCGAACGGACCGCACGCCUGAGAACGCGACGCACACGACAACGGCGAGCACGCAGGGCGAAUGCCCUGCGUGCAAACGCAGCCGACGGGUGCAUGCCCUGCGGGCACACGCAGCGGGCGGGCGGACUGCGGGCAUGGGCGCGAGGGCGGGCGAGUGA